CUUAGAAGAUAAUGGCUGCAAUGUCUCUCUCAAAUCAUGUCUUUGAGUGACUAUAGCGAGCAAACCAUCUCUGGCCACUUUGAAUACAUUAAAUUAGCAUUUAUUCAUAAGUCUGAAAGGGUUACCAGGAAGCGUCAAAGCCUGGCACCUUCCCAAGGAUAAAACAGAAAGUUACUCAGAAAGUCUUUUGGAAAGAAAGGAACUGAGAAGGGCUGAAGCUCCACUUUUAUCCACAAAAGCCCUAAGAAAGCCUCCCAUCAUUCACUCGGGACUCCUCUUCACCACUUCCAUCACCUUUCACAAUGUGCACGUGCGCAUGAGCGUGUGCCUGUCUGUGUGUGUCUCUGUGUGGCAUGUAAUCGGGAGGGUAACCUUGAGUAUUACCUCUCAGAGGCCGCACAUUUUGUGUUGAGAUAGGCUCUUUCAUUGGCGUAGACCCUUCCUAUUAGGUUAAACUGGGAGACCACUGAGUCAAGGAAGUUUCAUUUCUCUGGUUCCCUAGCACUAUAAGCAUGCCCCACCAUGUUCAGAAUUUUCAUACGGCUUCAGAACACUUUACUAACUGAGCUAGCACCUUCACUGGCUGUUUUUACUUCAUACUGAAUGAAUCUAGUACAAUUCUGGGUCUCAAGUCUGCAGCUAAGACCAGCGCUGAUGAGUGUCCUGCCUUUCCAGGACUCAGGCUCUAUCAAGAGAGUCAGAUACACAGCUCGAGCUAAGAAAUGUGGUCCAUUGAGAGUGCAAAUGAAUGGAGCCAGGCUGGGGUAGAAAAUGACAAAGACAAAGUCAUAUGAGUCUUCUCCAAGAGCAGAAAAACAGAAAGAAAACAUAUUCCAAACAGAAAAUCACAGUACAUAAAAGCAGAAGGAUUUCCCUCAUUUUGCACACAUAAGGAGGCCAACAGAAGCAAAGACAUUUGCCAGGAUCCUUGGCAGAGCUAAGACAUAGGCCCUAGUAAGAAGUUGAAUGAAAAACUGUGAUCCUCAAGGUCAUGACCCCACCAUGAAGAAUGGGGAAUAGGGAAAAGAGAGGACUUUGAGUCCAAGGAAGUGUUCAAACAGUACUAUCUGGAGCCCUCCAAGAUGAAGGCAAGAGCUGUUGAACAGAAAUGCCUCCUGAAGUGGGCAACCAGAGUAUGAGCAGAACCAGCCUUGUACCGUUCCUGGGGAUCCACUGAUGCCCUAUACAGUCUGAGGAAGGAAGCACAGAUCCCAAUACUGACUGCAGUACUGGUCCUUCAUACAUGGUGUGUGUGUGUGUGUGUGUGUGUGUGUGUGUGCUGGGAAUAACGAGAAAGAAUUUAACUUUAAAGCAUUGGUGUUCUAGAGUACACAGCUGGCAGAAAACCAUUCAGGCACUUUAAAGUCUCUAUUACUGGGCCUUCACCCUUCCUCAGCAGAGUCCCAGUUUUGCUUGUGUUUUUGCACACACACACACACACACACACGGUGCACACAUGCACUUUGAACUCUUUCCCCACGCUCAAUCAUUCCCUCACUCUUAAUUCUCAGUAAGCAGAAAAGAUGUAGCAAUCCCUUUGUUUUUUGCCGAGCAUUUAACUGAAAUCCCAAAGCUCACAAUUCAAGUUAAACUUUAGGAUCAGUAACCCUUGGAAGCCCCAUUUUGCGAGAACUCACCUGCAGCUUGUGUGGAGCAAAGUGCCCAAAAACAUAACAAUGCUUCUACGGCUCUGUUCAUGUUCUUACUCAGAACCUUGAGCUUUUUCAUUUAAAUGGUGCCAGAGAUGGAACCCAAAGCUACAUGCAAGGGAGACAGUGUACUGCUUCAGAGCAUCUUGCAGCCACUGUGGACCUGAAUGGUUAGGGCCAGGGAACACUGCUCACUGAUCUAAAUGCAAGGCAAUCUAUAUUUCUUAUUACCAACAAGGAGAAUCACUUCAAAGCAAUCCAAUGAUAAGUCUGACCUGGAGCAUGAGCAGGCUAAACAUAUUUCAAACCCCUUCCUUCAGCAACAUGCAUGGAACAUGUGAAUUCUACUAUGUUAGUCACAGAGCCAAAACUCAAAUGACCAAUGGCCAGUGCCUGUGAGGAAGGGUCCAGAGGUCAGAGAAGUACCAAACAAUUACAGGGCACAGCAAGAUGUGUUCUGCAGGCUGAGAAAACAACACAGCAGAAAUGUGGUCCUGCUUUGGAGGCCCUUGAAGAAUGCAGUGUCUUUGAAAACCCCCACUUUUCAAGUGGAAUUUCUUUUUAAGCUGGAGCUAGAAGUUAAUAUUCCCACUGCUGGGAGGGACAACUAGCUCCAUUGAGGGAAUAAUGGAGAUUCACACUAAACAAAGCAUACAAGCUUGCUAUCCUCCUUCGGAUGAGCUCAGGACCUUCUAGAGGGAAAAGGCAGCUUUUCUCAAAUCUCUGCAGCAUUUUUUCUCUAUCCUGUCUCUUAUCAUCUCAAAGUUCACACAACGGUCUGUAAGCUAGACAAAGCCUAAACAGAUACAUUCCUCAUAGACAGGCUUUCAGCUUCAGAAUCACUGUCUCAGCCCAGGUGCCAGUCCAUAGCCAUGCAUUCAGGAAAUAUCUUUGUACAGAUGCCAUCUGCCUUUACUAAUACUUAAGUCAAGUGCUCAGUCUCUCAGAACCAGCUGCCACAAUCCUAUUCCAGAGCUUCAGCCCCUAGGCGGUCCUACCAACUCACUCUAUCAUUUUGCCCCCAUCCCAUCCCAUCACUGCUUCUGGUGCCAUGGUCAACAGCUUCAUCGGGCUCACAAGAAAACUCAAAUCCUUUAGCCUUGCCCUUCCUUAGACCUUGGGUCACCUUUUGAAGAUUAUUUCUUCUCUCUAGCUCUUCUGGGUCAUCAAUCCACCUGCCCUUUCCUCCUAAUCAGGUUUCUAACACAAUCUCAUUAACAAGUGCCAGCCCUACAGGUAGGUUCAAGUUCAGUCACUGGGUGUGACAUAAACUCCAAUGACUCUUCUGGUGCUCUAGUGCUACUGGUUAGACCUAGUGCCCUUCAUGAUAGAAUCUUCAAAAGUUCACUGGUUAAUCAUUUCCCCUUAGGACCAAGUAACCUUUAUAGAUGUAUGCUGCCUCACAACUGAUCAAGUCAGAUAAUAUAGUGUUCAAAAAAAUCACAUACACAAGGAAGUGAGACAAUACAAGUUUAAGCAAGGACAGAAGGAAACCCAUAGCCAUGAUACCACAGUUAGUGGAAACAAGAACAUCUCACCUAGAGGGCUACAAAAUAGUCCACAAGUUCUAAUUAUUUUGUUCAGGACAACAAUGGCUCUCCAAGUAUUAGCUAGGGAACCCUGGGAACUUUUCAAGGGAAUGUCAAGACUAUUUCCAUCCACGAAGAUACUGACUUUUUAAAGAUCUUUUUUCUCAUAAGCAUAUGGUGGAGUUUUCUAAAGGCUACUCCAUGUGUGAGAUCACAGUAGAUUGAAUGCAGAAGCAAGAGAAUCCAGCUUUAUUAAGCCCGAUGCUGGAGUUAUUUAAAGAAUAUAAACAUAUCACACCCUUCUGAGUUUUUGAAGAAAUUAUUUCCUCAUAAGAACAUGAUUUAUGUUCGACUGCAGCUAACAGAUAUUGCUUUACUUUCUUGUGAUCUGAAUGGAACUAAGUCAUAGAAAUUAGAACAAAGGGUCCGGAAGCCAAAACAUUUGAGAACCUCAGUUUUUCACAAACCACUGUCCUUCAGAGUCAGACAAAAGUCACCUCUGUCAAUUUUCCUAUCCUCUUACCUGUCUAAAGGAAAGCUGACUUGGGGCAGGGCACAAAAACCCAUUUUUAAAAGCUGGCCUUGGUGAAACACAUUAAUAAAUCCACAGCGCGGAUGGGGAGGCAGCAGGGCAUGACUGUGAGUUCAAGACUAGCUUGAUCUACACAGCUGAGAAGAGAAGGGAGAGCAGCAGCGGCAGAAGGGGAGACAAAGGAGAGUUAGGAAGGAGGAAGGGAAAGAGGGAAGAGAAGCUGGAGGAGGAGGAAAAGGAAGAGGAAGGAAAAGUGUAGUGUUUUUUUAUGGCAGCCAGAAUCAUGGCCUCUCCCCUAAGUUGCCCUUUGUACUUCAUAACAGACCAACAAACCAAUCAGCACCACCGAGCGUCCCUGGGCGCAGACCCAACCCUGGAGCCUUUUAUUCUGAUAGGCUGAGGCGCCACCCGCCCCCGCCAAUGGGCGGCGCCCACGUCACAAGGACGCGCGCGGCGCCGGCCGGUAAGGGGCGUUCAGCAGCCGCCAGCCGCGCUGCAGCGCCGAGGCCGCGGGCCGGCCAGCCGCCAUGGUGGACUACUACGAGGUGCUGGGCGUGCCGCGGCAGGCCUCAGCUGAGACCAUCCGCAAGGCGUACCGCAAGCUGGCGCUCAAAUGGCACCCGGACAAGAACCCCGAGCACAAGGAGGAGGCCGAGAGGAGGUUCAAGCAGGUGGCGCAGGCCUACGAGGUCCUAUCGGACGCCCGCAAGCGCGAAGUCUACGACCGCUGCGGCGAGGUGGGCGAGGUGGGCGGCGGCGGCGCGGCCGGCAGCCCGUUCCACGAAGCCUUCCAGUAUGUCUUCUCCUUCCGAGACCCCGCUGAGGUCUUCAGGGAGUUCUUCGGGGGCCGCGACCCCUUCUCGUUCGACUUCUUCGGAGACCCGUUUGAUAACUUCUUUGGGGAUCGGAGGAGCUGCCGAGGAAGCAGAAGCCGAGGGGCAGUACCCUUCUCGACCUCCUUCACCGACUUCCCAACUUUUGGGGGUGGCUUUGCUUCGUUAGAUACCGGAUUCACAUCCUUCGGUUCUCCGGGAAACUCAGGCCUUUCGUCUUUCUCCAUGUCCUGUGGCGGUGGGGCGGCUGGCAACUUCAAGUCGGUGUCGACCUCCACCGAAAUAGUUAAUGGCAAAAAAAUCACCACCAAGAGAAUCGUUGAGAAUGGUCAAGAAAGGGUGGAAGUGGAAGAAGAUGGAGAGUUAAAGUCGCUGAUAAUUAAUGGCAAAGAGCAGUUGCUUCGCAUCAAUACUCAUUAAAGACAUAAAGUGCGGUUUAGGCCUAUCAGGACUUUUUUUUUUUUUUGUUUAAAAGCGUUUUCAAGGGAACUCUACUUUCAGAACAUCUGUAUUCAAGACAUUCUAUACAGUUCAUGCGGGUGCCUCUUAUUGUUGGGACUGCAGGGAUAGGACCUCUCUUGGUCUUUAUGCCUGUUGUAAAUAUAUAUAUGCCUUUGGCACUCAUUAAACGUAAUCCUGAGGCAGACCACCGUUAUGUCUUAGUGGUAGAAAACACUGUUCACAGCACCUAAAACCACACAGUGUCCAUUGUGUUGAUAUUUCGACCUAGAGAGCUUUCUAUGAGGUGGAAAGCUCCACUUCUCUUCACUCACACUGUGAUGAAAGAUACUGCAUAUGUUGAUGGUUUAGUUUAAAAUACAUCGAAAAAGUGGCUUUUAGUUUACCUACUAAACUAUGCUGAUAUAGGAACAAUUGACUGCUGUUUCAAUGAAAGGCUAAAACCAAGCCUUUAAAAGCAGUUAAGUUGAAGAAAGUACACUAAGUAGAUUCUGGUCGCUGCUGCAAUGCAUUACCAUGGACUUGGUAAUGUCUAUCACAGUUAUUCUUCCCAAGUUUUGUAGGAUCGAAACCUGAAAUUCAUUUUAGUGGGCCAAAAAAGGAGGGUUGCCGGGACCGUGCUCUCUGGGGGUUCAGGGCUGCAUUCUAUCAGUCAAGGUAAGUGCUCAACCCUAAAUUUGUUCUACAACAGUGGAAGAUGCUGGAAGUGAAAAGAAGUAUGUUUUGGAGGAUAACCAAGCUUUUCAAUUU